AUGGCGGCCCUGGACGUGAUUAUAGCUGUGGCCAUUGUGGCUUUACUCGUUUAUCUGUAUGUGGUUAGAUUGCAAUCCUACUGGGCCCGCAGAAACGUUCCGUACCUGAAACCGGAGUUCUUCUAUGGAAACACUAGAACCAUAGAAAACACAGAAACGUUUGGAUUGCUAUUUGCGCGGUUCUACAACGAGUUGAAAGGUUUGGGUCCUUUCGGUGGAGUGUAUAUGUUCGCUAAGCCAAUUGCAGUGGUGACUGAUUUGGAAAUGGUUCGAAACGUAAUGGUGAAAGAUUUUCAGUACUUCACGGAUCGCGGAAUGUUCAUGAAUGAAACGCAGGAUCCACUGUCAGCGCACUUGUUCAAUUUGCCCGGUAGCAGGUGGAGGGACCUCAGACAAAAACUGACGCCUACGUUCACAUCCGGAAAGAUGAAGAUGAUGUUUGGAACGAUUUUGGCGGCGGCAAAUCAGUUCAACGAUUUUCUAAGCGAAAAGGUUGACGGCGAAACCGAGCUUGAGAUAAAAGAUCUUCUGGCACGUUUCACAACCGAUGUGAUAGGAUCUUGUGCCUUUGGGAUCGAAUGCAACUCAAUGAAAGAUCCGGAUGCCUCGUUCCGUGUGAUGGGGAGAAGGUUUAUGGACAAUCAGCGAGGUCAAAUCAAAAAUGUGUUCCAUAAUUUUGCACCGGAACUAGCAAAGAAAGUCGGAAUUAGUGUGAUUGAUAGGAUAGCGUCGGAUUUUUUCAUCGGGGUGGUCCGCGAAACCAUUGACUUCAGACUAAAAAACAAUAUUAAGAGGAACGAUUUUAUGGAUCUACUAAUUCAGAUGAGAAAUCCCGAUGAGGGGAAAAGUGGUGAAGGACUGUUGUCGUUUAAUGAAAUUGCUGCACAGUCAUUCGUUUUCUACAUUGCUGGAUUUGAAACCAGUUCAACAUUGCUAACUUGGACACUGUACGAACUUUCAUUGAAUCCAGACAUUCAGGAAAAGGGUCGCCAGCAUGUUUUAGACAUCUUGGAAAAACACGAUGGGCAAAUAACAUAUGAAUCUGUGAACGACUCAACAUAUUUGGAUAAAAUUUUUAAUGAGGCUCUUCGUAAGUAUCCUCCGGUGCCAAUUCACUUCCGCGAAGCUGUCAAAGACUACCGAGUGCCAAACACGAAAAUCAUCAUUGAAAAAGGCACCCGCAUCAUAAUUCCCGUAUACGGAAUCCAACAUGAUCCGGAAGUGUUUCCGGAUCCAAAGCGGUUCGACCCGGAACGAUUCACCCCUGAGGAGGUAGCGAAAAGACAUCCAUUUGCGUGGACACCAUUCGGAGAGGGUCCCCGCAUUUGCAUCGGACUUCGGUUUGGAAUGCUGCAGGCCAAAAUUGGAUUGAUCCAUCUGUUGAAGAACUAUAGAUUUUCCCUCGGUAAAAAGUGCAAAGUUCCACUGAAUUUGGAUGUGCAGAACGUUAUUCUCUCACCGAAAGAAGGACUUUGGUUGAAUACGCAAAAAAUUUGAGACUUUUAAUUUGAGAUGGUUUUUUGGUCGAUUGAUUUCUCGUCAAAACAUUUAGCAUUUGGUAGCAUAGUUCUGGCAUUACAUUUCUUUUUGUGGAAUUUGAUCUUUCUGUUUCAACAGACUUCGCAGCGGAUUCUUAGCCUACAGAAUCUUUGCAUGGCCAGUAGUACGAUCCUACUGUCACUAAUAAUCCUUCCAGGUCGGAGCUCGAACAUAUAACAACUGGCAUUGCGUUUGAUCAUUAACGCAUAACAAAUGCGUUGACGAGAAACCAAUUAGUAAAAAGCCCAUCUUUUACAUAAAAACUGUACAGGUUAGUCGCACCCAUUAAAAAAAAUUAGU